AUGGCGGCGGAAGAUCUUCAUCGUAAUCCCGGCUGGCCUCUAAUAUUUGAACUGGUGAGGACGGUGGAGUACCGCUUCUUUCAUUGCCGCCGGUGCUCCUGCUGCGUCGCCUUCCCCGAUACUUUCUUCGAAAAGGCCGAGAACUACGGUUUAUUUGUUGCCGUGUUCAAUUUCAAGCUGGAUAAGCAGAAGGAGGAGAACAGAGGGAACGUGUGCAUCACAACAGCGGACGUGCAUUGUCUUCAAUGCAAUAAUCUCUUCGGCGUCAAAGUGGACUGAGUUGAUGUAUUGGAAUGGGCAUGAAGAAGUGGAGGCAAGCUCGAUAGAACCACCCAAUCGAUCAAGACGAGAGAUUGAAGAACAAAUCGAGCGCAUUUAUCGACAGAAAAAUUUGCCCAUUUGAUAAACAAACAUUGUUACACAAUUACAAGAACACUAGCUACUCUCCUCCAUCCGAUUUACAAUUUUUUUUACUUCCCGUGCCGCCACGGUUUUUCGAAUGGCGAGCGACGAAGCAUAGAUGAAUGUUAGAGUUAACAACAUUUUAGAUAGGAG